AUGCCUCGCCGAAGCAAUAGAAAGAAGCAGCAGACCAGCUAUGCCGAAGAUCCAAGCUCAGCUGAAGAAUAUGUGCCCCAGAAAAGAAAGAGAGAAAAUGACCGCCAGACUUCCGGCUCGUCUAAGAAAAGUUCUUCUGGAUCCUCUAGAAAGACUUCAGGUUCUUCCAGACGCCAAGGUUCAUCCGAAACACCUGCGACUUCUGACGAGUCAGACAAUGACCAGAGACGUCAUGGCCCUAAAGAGCUUACCACUGUAGCAGAAGUUUUGGAAGACUUCAAAGUGUCAUACGUGGGAACUCUUGAUUUUGAUCAGCCUGAGACACCUUCCAAGCCUAGGUGGAAGAUUCCCAAGAAGCCUAUCACCGAUAUUAAGAAGGUUCCUAAAGGAUGGACUCCUGUAGACCACGGAGUUGAUCAGAAUGAUGUCGAUGCUUUGAUUAAACGUUGCAAGGAACGAAUCGCAGAAAAGAUCAUGCCUCAUAUAUUCGAGAAUGACUUGAAGAGUCUCCUUGAGAGGAAGAAGAAGGAGGAUUUCAUGGUUAAUGCUGAGAUCCCGGGUCUAUCCUUCAAUGUGGCAAAACGUCUUAAGCAAUUGAACCGAAUGAAAGCAUGGCUGGAAGGAAAUGGUGACGGGUAUAAUUUCUUGCCAACAGUCAAAGCUAUCGCGAAGGCCUAUAGGAAGAAGGAACUUGACUGGAAUCUCGGGCUUGUAACCUAUUGGAGCGAUGGCAAACAGAUCUGCCAGCCCAGAGUGCAUGAUAUGGCAGUUGUCGCGAUUAUUACCAAAGACCCGAGAUACAAAAAGGGCUUUUGGGUAGAAGGAAGCCGCUUGGCUGGUCCCUUGCCACCUGGCCCGAGCAACCUAAAUGCCCAAGCUGGAAACCAUUACAGACUAUAUCCGAAAGAGGGAAAUAAUAUGGGCACUGGUACUAGGGCUUUGGCCUCAACCGGUCUAUGUUACGAGCCCGCAGACGAGGGGCCCUUUCAGGUCAAGAUAACGGAAGAUUCCCACCCAUGGGUCUUUGAAUUCUCAGACGACAGCGGUGCCGAUUUCAUGACGCUGUACCAAGAUGACAUUUUCACUCUAUAUAAUGUGAAUCAGCCCCCAACCGCACAGUUCGCUCCUAAUACACCAGGGGGACUAUGGAACGUCGCCCCCAUUCUAGGAGUUGCUGAAUCGCGCAUAGGAGAUGGAACAAGUUUCUUUAACUAUGUUAUCAGCCUCUAUUUCAAUCUCGAGGCUCCAGUCCCCGAGGACGAUGCAGCAGGUAAAAGCUACAGAAAUGACUACUUCCCCAUCGAAGCUCUUGUGCGUGAAGGAAAUAUUCAGGCUGUUGGUGCGCCUAGAUUGAAUGGUCCUGCUCUGAGAGUUUUAUUUAAUACCGUUACUUCCUGUACUGAUAUGAUCAGACUUUAUGUCCUUACUAGUCUGGGUAAUGGUACGACGUACGUAAAGAAGCCGCAUUAUAAAUCCGCUCUGCCGGAGAAUUUACCUCCGAGACAGAAGGAUCUUCUGCCAGAUUAUGUUCCAGUUACCCCAAUGGUUGAUCGAGAUACACCUAUGGGAGGCAUGGAGGUCCCACAAGAGGGUGGCCCGAGCAAUUUCCCACCAGGGGUCGGCCAGGGGAAUGUUUUCCAAGGGGGUGCCGGUGCCCAAGGAGAUCUCCCACAAUAUGUCCCGGGAAAUUACGGCAGCACAUAG